AUGGGCGUCAUGCUGCGGGCCUGGGGCCGUGACAUGAAAGUCGUCAUGCUCCAGUUCAUCAAGCACACCACCGCCAACUUUGGCGAACAGCGCGCCGCAAAGAAGAUGGGCAUCGACAUGAUCGCAAUGGGCGAUGGUUUCACCUGGCGCUCCAGGGACCUGGAGCAGACCGCCGACCUGGCCCGCGAGCACUGGCAGGGCUGCAAGGAGGCCAUCGCCAAGGGUGAGCACGACGUCGUCAUUCUUGACGAGUUCACCUACGCGAUGCACUACGGCUGGAUCCCGGUCGAGGAGGUGCUGGAGGUGCUGCGCAACCGCCCCGAGAUGAUGCACGUCAUAAUCACCGGCCGCAACGCCCCGCCCGAGUUGGUGGAAUUCGCCGACCUCGUCACCGAGAUGACCCUCGUCAAGCACCCCUACCACGAGGGAAUCAAGGCCCAGCCCGGCAUAGAGUUCUAA